CCAAUGGUGGUGUUAGGCAGUUCUGCACUCCAGAGAAAUGAUGGAGCAGCAAUUCUUGCAGCCAUGUCCAACAUUGCACAAACUAUUCGAGUGACAAGCAGUGUUUCUGGAGACUGGAAAGUUAUGAAUGUCCUGCAUAGGAUUGCAAGCCAGGUAGCUGCUUUGGACCAUGCCUGUAAACCUGGGACAGACGCAAUUAGGAAGAACCCUCCCAAAGUGCUCUUUCUUCUGGGAGCAGAUGGAGGUUGUAUCACACGACAGGACUUGCCAAAGGAUUGUUUCAUUAUUUACCAAGGCCAUCAUGGUGAUGUGGGUGCUCCCAUAGCUGAUGUUAUUUCCCCAGGGGCUGCUUACACAGAAAAGUCUGCUACUUAUGUCAAUACUGAGGGUGGAGCCCAGCAAACCAAAGUAGCCAUGAUGCCUCCUGGCUUGGCAAGAGAAGACUGGAAAAUCAUAAAUGCUCUCUCAGAGAUUGCAUGUCUCACUCUUCCAUAUGAUACUCUGGAUCAAGUGAGGAAGCGUCUAGAAGAGGUCUCUCCUAAUCUUGUUCGAUAUGAUGAUGUUGAAGGAGAGAAUUACUUUCAGCAAGCAACUGACCAUGCCAAGCUAGUGAACCAGGAACUUCUUGCUGACCCACUUGUCCCACCUCAGCUGACCAUAAAAGACUUCUAUAUGACAGAUUCAAUCAGUAGAGCCUCACAGACAAUGGCCAAGUGUGUCAAAGCUGUCACAGAAGGAGCUCAGGCUGUACAUCCAUAUGCUGAGACAUCUACCAGGGACCCAGUUUUGCUAUAG